GCAACCAUGGCAAACAAAACUCUCGUCCUUCUGGCCGUGCUCUUCUGCGCCCAGGCCGUCUUCGGUGUGACCAUCAUCUCCAAGUCGGGGUGGGGCGGCCGUUCCGCCACGAGCAAGACCACGCUGGCCAGCUCCCUGGGCUACGCCGUGAUCCACCACACCGCUGGAAACUACUGCUCCACCAAGGCCGCCUGCAUCACCCAGCUGAAAAACAUCCAGGCCUACCACAUGGACUCCCUUGGCUGGGCCGAUAUCGGCUAUAACUUCCUGAUCGGCGGCGAUGGAAACGUGUACGAGGGUCGCGGAUGGAACGUGAUGGGUGCUCACGCCACCAACUGGAACUCCAAGUCCAUUGGCAUCUCCUUCCUGGGCAACUACAACACCGACACCCUCACCUCUGCCCAGAUCACCGCUGCCAAGGGUCUGCUCUCCGACGCCGUCUCCCGCGGCCAAAUCGUUUCCGGAUACAUCCUUUACGGACAUCGUCAGGUGGGCUCCACCGAGUGCCCCGGCACCAACAUCUGGAACGAGAUCCGCACCUGGUCCAACUGGAAGAGCGUUUAGCUAAAAAAAGGGCAUUUAUAAAAAUAACUAAAGAAAAAUUGAUUCAAAAUAAAAAAAUACAAUCGCACACAAUAAUA